UCGCAUCCGCCGAUUACCCCAUUCUAAGAUUGACGAACGGGGUGGGUUCAAAAUUGGGUGCGAGGACGCGGAGCUGAGUCGGAGAAUCUCGCCCUGGUCACGAGCCCUGCGUUCCUGCACGCGAGAUUCCCCACACCACCGCUGCGCCACCUCGCACCCUCGCCCAUUCCGUCGCUUAGCUCUUACAGGUCCGAUCACACUUUGGCUGCGUUUUGCAGACUCCCAGAGAGCUUGACGAAGUUUUGAUUCGUUGGGACGUCGUGAGCGAACUCUCCUGAAGUGAAGGAGGUUGAUAGCUAUGGAGGGCCACUCCCACUCUCACGACCAUUCCCACGACCACAGCCAUGAUUUAUCCCAUGGCCACUCGCAUGAUCACUCUCAUGAUCACUCACAUGACGAUCAUACUCACGAUCAUGAUCAUCAACACGGCCUCGACCAUAGUCAUGCCCACCCGGCUCAAGGAGAGUUCGUCGGUGCUGAUGGGAAGAUAUACCAUUCGCAUGACGGGUUAGCUCCACAUACGCAUGAGCCUCUGGAGUCUCCAGGGUUUUUCAGCAGACGAGCUGCACCUCUUACAACACGAGACUUUAAGGAACGAGGCUUCACAGUGGGAAUUGGCGGGCCAGUUGGCACUGGGAAAACAGCGCUUAUGUUGGCGCUGUGCGAAACCUUGCGCGACAAGUACAGCAUUGCUGCUGUCACAAACGAUAUCUUCACUGAGGAGGACGGAGAAUUUUUAAUCAAGCAUGGAGCGCUUGCUCCUGAGAGGAUCCGUGCAGUACAGACUGGUGGCUGUCCACAUGCAGCGAUCCGAGAGGACAUCAGCAUAAACCUAGGACCUCUCGAGGACCUUUCGCAGACUUUUAAAGCAGAUAUUCUACUGUGCGAGUCUGGAGGAGACAAUCUAGCGGCAAACUUCAGCAGGGAGCUGGCAGACUACAUUAUUUACAUCAUUGAUGUAUCCGGUGGUGAUAAAAUUCCUCGCAAGGGUGGUCCAGGCAUCACUCAAGCAGAUCUUCUUGUUAUAAACAAGACUGAUCUAGCGGACGCAAUUGGAGCAGAUUUGAAGGUCAUGGAACGUGACUCAUUGCGUAUGCGUGAUGGUGGCCCUUUUGUCUUCGCACAGGUGAAACACAAAAUAGGCGUUUCAGACAUUGUGAACCACGUUUUGAAGGCAUAUGAAGAGAGCAAGAAGCCCCAUCAUCAUGCCCAUGAAGAUUAGUACGAUACCACAAAACUUCAAAUUAAAUAAUAUGUUCGCAUUUGCUGGGUUUGUGUCAUGAAAGUUGCUGUUUGACUUUCAAACGCUUCUUCUACGAACUAUAUAUCUGCUGGGAAUUUGUAACCAUCCGUUACUGUUCAUGGAAGAGGUUUGAUUUUGUAGUGAAAUGCCACAAUCUUUAUCUGUCGAUGGUGCAUCAAUUGUCGUUCUAAAAGUGCACUCUUAUAAAUCACA